ACUCGGCAGCGGGCUGGAGCUGCAGCGGACCGGGCGGCUGGAGGGCGCUCGCCGGGCCAGGUUCUAGCUGUGAUCGAACUUCUCAACUCUCUGAAACCUAGGUUUCCCACCUCAUUCCCCUAGUCAGGCCUCCCGGGCCCCCUGGUGCAUCCGUGGUGGCCUCUUCGCCUGUUUUGUUCUCCUCUCCCCCUCAUGGCCCAGACAUGAGUGGCCCCCUGGAAGGGGCUGAUGGGGGUGGGGAUCCCAGACCGGGGGAGUCCUUCCAUGCGGGAGGGGUCCCAGCCCCAGGGCCUCCUCAGCACCGGCCUUGCCCGGGCCCCAGCCUGGCCGACGACACUGAUGCCAACAGCAAUGGCUCAAGUGGCAACGAGUCCAACGGGCCUGAAUCCCGGGGUGCCUCUCAGCGAAGUUCACACAGCUCUUCCUCCGGCAAUGGCAAGGACUCAGCCCUGCUGGAGACCACGGAGAGCAGCAAGAGCACAAACUCUCAGAGCCCCUCCCCGCCCAGCAGCUCCAUCGCUUACAGCCUCCUGAGCGCCAGCUCAGAGCAGGACAACCCAUCUACCAGUGGCUGCAGCAGUGAGCAGUCAGCGCGGGCGAGGACCCAGAAGGAACUCAUGACUGCACUGCGGGAGCUCAAGCUCCGGCUGCCGCCAGAGCGCCGGGGCAAAGGCCGCUCUGGCACGCUGGCCACGCUGCAGUAUGCGCUGGCUUGCGUGAAGCAGGUGCAGGCCAACCAGGAAUACUACCAGCAGUGGAGCCUGGAGGAAGGGGAGCCCUGUGCCAUGGACAUGUCUACUUACACCUUGGAGGAGCUGGAGCACAUCACGUCAGAGUACACACUUCGUAACCAGAUGUGCAUGGAUGAGUUCCGAGGCGCCGUCGGCUCAUCUGAGCGCCUGGGGCUGACUGGCGAAGGAUGUGAGAGUGUGCUGCUAGGGGCUCCCUGGCCCAUCCCGCCUGCCCACGUGGGGCGCUGGGGCCUCAGCAGUGUAGAUGCUGUUCCAUGGUAUGUAACAUGGCCCAGGCUGUCUCUGGGGAGGAGUGCUGUCCACCAGCCAGCCAGCCUGGGCCCAGACAAAAUGGUCGGCUGGGGAGCUGAGUCUUUCCGGGUGAAACCCACCCAUGCCCACGCCUGCUGUGCCUCAGCUCCCCGGAUCCCUCCGGAUAAGAGGAUCUUUACCACACGCCACACACCCAGCUGCCUCUUCCAGGACGUGGACGAGAGGGCUGCUCCGCUGCUGGGCUACCUGCCCCAAGACCUGCUCGGCGCCCCAGUCCUCCUGUUCCUACACCCAGAGGACCGGCCCCUCAUGCUGGCCAUCCACAAGAAGAUCCUACAGCUGGCAGGCCAGCCCUUUGACCACUCCCCUAUCCGCUUCUGUGCCCGUAAUGGGGAGUAUGUCACCAUGGACACCAGCUGGGCCGGCUUCGUUCACCCCUGGAGCCGUAAGGUGGCCUUUGUAUUGGGUCGCCAUAAAGUACGCACGGCACCCCUGAACGAGGAUGUGUUCACACCCCCGGCCCCCAACCCAGCUCUGUCUUUGGACUCUGAUAUCCACGAGCUGUCUGAGCAGAUCCACCGGUUGCUGCUGCAGCCCGUGCAUAGCUCUAGCCCCACGGGGAUCUGUGGCCUUGGCCCCUUGACGUCCCCAGGCCCUCUCCACAGCCCUGGCUCCUCCAGUGACAGCAACGGGGGUGAUGCAGAGGGGCCUGGCCCUCCGGUUCCAGUGACCUUCCAGCAGAUCUGUAAGGACGUGCAUCUGGUGAAGCACCAGGGACAGCAGCUUUUCAUUGAGUCCCGGGCCCGGCCCCCGCCUCGUCCCCGCCUCCCUGCCACAGGCACAUUCAAGGCCAAGGCCCUUGGCAGCCAAUCCCCAGACCCGGAGCUGGAGGUGGGCCCUGCUCCAGUCCAGGCCCCACUAGCCUUCGUGCCUGAGGAAGCUGAGCGGAAGGAGGCCUCCACUUGCUCCUACCAACAGAUCAACUGCCUGGACAGCAUCCUCAGGUACCUGGAGAGCUGCAACAUCCCCAGCACAACCAAGCGCAAGUGUGCCUCCUCUUCCUCCUGUACUGCCUCAUCGGCCUCCGAUGAUGACAAGCAGAGGACAGGGACGGGUCCAGUCCCCACAGGAGCCAAGAAAGAUCCUGCAGCGGCGGCGGGCGUGCUCUCUGGGGAGGGGGCGACUCCGCGGAAGGAGCCCGUGGUGGGAGGCAGCCUGAACCCGCUCACGCUGGCCAAUAAGGCAGAGAGCGUGGCGUCCGUCACCAGUCAGUGUAGCUUCAGCUCCACCAUCGUCCAUGUGGGAGACAAGAAGCCCCCGGAGUCGGAUAUCAUCAUGGAGGAUCUGCCUGGCCUAGCCCCGGGCCCAGCCCCUAGUCCAGCCCCCAGCCCCACAGUAGCCCCUGACCCAGCUCCAGACGCCUACCGCCCUGUGGGCUUGACCAAGGCCGUGCUGUCCCUGCACACACAGAAGGAAGAGCAAGCCUUUCUCAGUCGCUUCCGGGACCUUGGGCACCUGCGCAGACUCGAUGGCUCUUCCACAACUCCUUCAGCCCCAGGCGAGAGAGGCUGCCAUCAUGGCCCUGCGCCCCCUGGCCGCCGCCACCACUGCCGGUCUAAAGCCAAGCGCUCGCGUCACCACCAGACUGCCCGAGCUGAAGCCCCUUGCUACGUUCCCCACCCCUCACCUGUGCCCCCCUCUGCCACCUGGCCCCCACCACAAGCCACCACCCCCUUCCCUGCAGUGGUCCAGCCCUAUGCUCUCCCUAUGUUCUCCCCUCGGGGAAGUCCCCAGGCUCUGACCCCAGCUUCCACAUCUGUACCCCCUGCCACCUUCCCUGCCCCCCUGGUGACCCCUAUGGUAGCCUUAGUCCUUCCAAACUAUCUGUUCCCUCCUCAGUCCAGCUAUCCCUACGGGGUACCCCAGAGCCCAGCAGAGGGGCCUCCCACCCCUGCCUCCCACUCCCCCUCACCAUCCCUGCCUCCUCUGCCUCCCAGUCCACCACCACACCCAGACUCCCCGCUGUUCCAGUCACGAUGCAGCUCCCCACUCCAGCUGAACCUGCUGCAGCUGGAGGAGCCCCCCCGUGCUGAGGGGGCUGCUGUGGCAGGGGGUCCUGGGAGCAGUGCUGGACCCCCACCUCCCAGCGAGGAGGCAGCUGAGCCAGAGGCCAGAAUGGUGGAGGUGACUGAGUCCUCCAAUCAGGACGCACUUUCAGGCUCCAGCGACCUGCUGGAGCUGCUGCUGCAGGAGGACUCACGCUCGGGUACCGGCUCUGCGGCCUCCGGCUCCCUGGGCUCUGGCCUAGGCUCUGGGUCCGGCUCGGGCUCCCAUGAGGGGGGCAGCACCUCGGCCAGCAUCACCCGCAGCAGUCAGAGCAGCCACACAAGCAAGUACUUUGGCAGUGUCGAGUCUUCGGAGGCCGAGGCCGGGGCUGCACGGGCCGGGGCUGAGCCUGGGGAGCAGGUCAUUAAGUACGUACUCCAGGAUCCCAUUUGGCUGCUCAUGGCCAAUGCUGACCAGCGUGUCAUGAUGACCUACCAGGUGCCCUCCAGGGACAUGGCAUCUGUGCUGAAGCUGGACCGGGAGCGGCUGCGGGCCAUGCAGAAGCAGCAGCCUCGGUUCUCUGAGGAGCAGCGGCGGGAACUAGGGGCUGUGCACUCCUGGGUCCGGAAGGGCCAGCUGCCUCGGGCCCUCGAUGUGAUGGCCUGCGUGGACUGUGGGAGCAGCACCCAAGACCCUGGUCACCCUGAAGACCCUCUCUACUCGGAGCUGGACGGACUGGGGCUGGAGCCCAUGGAGGAGGGUGGAGGCGAGGGGGGUGGUGGCGGUGGUGGGGCUGGGGGUGAUGGUAGUGGUGAGGGGGAGGGUGGCGAGGAGGCCCAGGCCCAGGUGGAGGUCAAGGUCUCAAGCUCCCAGGACCAGGAUGCAGCCAUGGAGGAGGAGGAGCAAGGUGGGAGCUCAUCUGGUCCAGCCUUACAUGCUGAGGAGGAGGAGGAUGGCACCAGCUAGACUCCAAAGGGGGGCCAAACCUGGGCUUUCUCUAGAGACUUUGCUCUGCGUCCUCAUCUCAGAACGCCAAGGUGGCCAGACCAACUCAUAGGAAAUUGCCCCAGCUCCUCCCGCCGGCAGGGGGCUGGACCCCCAUCACCAGCCCAGGAACCAGGGGCUAUCUGCCCAGGCCAGCCCCGAGGGGUGGCAUCUGACCCCCACUUCCCCACCUGGUGAGGAGCGCCUCGCUGCCCUGGCCAAGGUUGCUGACAAGCUGCUCGAAGUGGUCCCUGGGGAGCCCAGUGGGGCCCGGGUCUCAGCCCCGAGGGUCGAGACUAUACUUAUUUAUUGGGGGAGAUGGCUCGCUCUCCCACCUCCUCCCCACAGUGGGCCUAGGAGAGAAGACUGAGGGCCAAGCAGGACCCAGGGUUCAAGCCCUUAGCUGCUCCAGGGUGGGGGGGGGGUUGGUGGACCAUGGCGUCCCUGGUGCUGCCCCUCAGAUGGGACCCAGGCGUUCUCAGCUGUACCCUCUACCAAUGGCAUUUGUGUUUUUGAUAUUGUGUCUGUUAUUAUUAUUUUUUAAAUAUAAAACGGAAAA